AUGACAAGUGCUGCUCCAAGGCUUGGUAGCACUCUACACCUGUUCUUCCUCUUAUCCUUCUCCUUGGCACUCCUGUGCUGCAUUGCCGUGUGCAAUGCCGCCGCCGAUGAGGCCGCGGCGUUGCUUGCCAUCAAGGCGUCGCUCGUCGACCCCUUGGGUAAGCUCGGGGGCUGGAAUUCGGCGUCGGCCUCGUCACAUUGUACAUGGGACGGAGCGCGUUGCAAUGCCCGGGGCGUGGUCACCGGCCUCAACCUCGCCGGCAUGAACCUGAGCGGCACCAUCCCCGACGACAUCCUCGGCCUCACCGGGCUCACCUCGAUCGUCCUGCAGAGCAAUGCGUUCGAGCACGAGCUUCCGCUGGUGCUCGUGUCCAUUCCGACGCUCCAGGAGUUGGAUAUCAGCGACAACAACUUCGCCGGCCACUUCCCCGCCGGCGUCGGUGCACUCGCCUUGUUGACAUCCCUCAACGCGUCGGGCAACAACUUCGCCGGCCCGCUCCCGGCCGACAUCGGCAAUGCCACCGCGCUCGAGACGCUCGACUUCAGGGGUGGCUACUUCUCCGGCACGAUCCCGAAGUCCUACGGCAAGCUCCGCAAGCUCAAGUUCUUGGGCCUCUCCGGCAACAACCUCGGCGGCGCUCUCCCAGCCGAACUGUUCGAGAUGUCCGCAUUGGAGCAGCUCAUCAUUGGCUAUAAUGAGUUCACAGGCGCGAUCCCGGCCGCAAUUGGCAACCUCGCCAACCUCCAGUAUCUCGACCUGGCGAUCGGCAAACUGGAAGGCCCCAUCCCGCCGGAGCUCGGCCGGCUGUCGUACCUCAACACUGUCUACCUCUACAAGAACAACAUUGGCGGCCCGAUACCCAAGGAGAUCGGCAACCUCACCUCCCUCGUCAUGCUGGACAUCUCCGACAACGCCCUCACCGGCACGAUUCCGGUGGAGCUGGGGCAGCUCGCCAACCUGCAGUUGCUCAACCUCAUGUGCAACAGGCUCAAGGGCGGCAUCCCGGCGGCCAUCGGCGACCUCCCCAAGCUGGAGGUGUUGGAGCUGUGGAACAACUCCCUCACAGGCCCGCUGCCGCCGUCGCUCGGCAGCUCGCAGCCGCUGCAGUGGCUCGACGUGUCGACGAACGCCUUGUCCGGACCGGUGCCGGCCGGCCUCUGCGACAGCGGCAACCUGACGAAGCUGAUCCUGUUCAACAAUGUCUUCACAGGCCCGAUUCCGGCGGGCUUGACCACGUGCUCGUCGCUUGUCCGCGUGCGCGCUCACAACAAUCGGCUCAACGGCACGGUGCCCGCGGGGCUCGGCCGGCUCCCGCGGCUGCAGCGUCUCGAGCUCGCCGGCAACGAGCUGUCCGGGGAGAUCCCAGACGACCUGCCGCUCUCGACGUCGCUCUCCUUCAUCGACCUCUCGCACAACCAGCUGCGGUCCGCGCUGCCGUCAAACAUCCUGUCCAUCCGGACGCUGCAAACGUUCGCGGCGGCCGACAACGAGCUGACCGGCGGUGUACCGGACGAGAUUAGCGAUUGCCCAUCUCUGUCCGCCCUCGACCUGUCCAGCAACCGGCUGUCCGGUGCAAUCCCGGCCAGCCUCGCGUCGUGCCAGAGGCUCGUCUCGCUAAACCUCCGGAGCAAUCGGUUCACCGGGCAGAUCCCUGGUGCGAUCGCCAUGAUGUCGACAUUGUCUGUGCUCGACCUCUCCAGCAACUUCUUUUCCGGCGUGAUACCGAGCAACUUCGGCAGCUCACCGGCGCUCGAAAUGCUCAACCUGGCGUACAACAACCUUACUGGUCCCGUGCCAACAACUGGUAUGCUGAGGACCAUUAACCCCGACGACCUUGCUGGCAACCCGGGCCUGUGUGGUGGCGUGCUGCCGCCGUGCGGGGCUACCUCUCUUCGGGCGUCCUCGUCUGAGGCGUCUGGCCUCCGGCGCUCACACAUGAAGCACAUCGCCGCUGGGUGGGCGAUCGGCAUCUCAGUCUUGAUUGCGGCAUGCGGCGUCGUCUUCCUUGGCAAGCAGGUGUACCAGCGGUGGUACGUCAAUGGAGGAUGCUGCGACGAGGCCAUGGAGGAAGACGGGAGCGGUGCGUGGCCGUGGCGCCUCACGGCCUUCCAGCGGCUGAGUUUCACCAGCGCCGAGGUUCUCGCCUGCAUCAAGGAGGACAACAUCGUGGGGAUGGGCGGCACGGGCGUGGUCUACCGCGCCGACAUGUCACGCCACCACGCCGUCGUCGCCGUCAAGAAGCUGUGGCGCGCGGCCGGGUGCCCCGAGGAGACUGCCACGUACGGGUACACGCUGAAGGUGGAUCAGAAGAGCGACAUCUACAGCUUCGGAGUGGUUCUGAUGGAGCUCCUCACGGGGCGGCGGCCGGUGGAGCCGGAGUACGGCGAGAGCCAGGACAUCGUCGGCUGGAUCAGGGAGCGGCUGCGCAGCAACAGCGGCGUGGAGGAGCUGCUCGACGACAGCGUCGGCGGUCGCGUCGACCACGUCCGGGAGGAGAUGCUCCUGGUGCUGCGGAUCGCGGUUCUGUGCACGGCCAAGUCCCCGAAGGACCGGCCCACGAUGCGGGACGUGGUGACCAUGCUCGGCGAGGCCAAGCCGCGUCGCAAGAGCAGCAGCGCCACGGUGCCCGCCACUGUCGUGGACAAGGACAAGCCGGUGUUCACGACGUCGCCGGACUCCAGUUACCUAUAG